GAAUAUCUAAUGGAAGUUUCUAGAAAAAUGGAGCAGAUCUCAACCCCCGAAGAAUUAAUCCUCAAAAUCUUAGCUCGCGAUUACUGUUUUUGAAGCCAUGAUUUGGCUCCUCUAGUAUCUUUGAAGAGAGAUAAAGUUGUUGAGAACUUUGAAGAUUCCACUCAUAACCAGCAAAGUGAAGUGAAUUCUACUUCAAAUGAGUUAACAAAGAAGACCAAGAAAACAAGAAGCAUUAAUUACUCUGUGCUGGAGGGUCGUCCCUAUGAAAUUAUAGACAACCCAAACCUUGCCGAGAAGAACAGGAAGCUCUACAUCUGCAAAUAUCCUAACUGAGAUAAGGUUUUUAAGAAAACAUGGAAUCUAGUAUAUCAUUUCAGAGUCCAUGAGAAAACUGCAGCUUAUGAAUGAGAGCACUGUGAUAAAACCUUUAUCCAAAAAGCUAACUACCUCAGACACAAAACUAUCCACGACGACACCCCUCCAGAAAAGAGAAAGAAACACAACUGCCCCCAUUGUUCCAGAAAGUACUCUUGAAAAUACAACUUAAACGCUCACAUAAAACGCGACCACAUCUCCUCACCACCCACCUCUCCCAGCACCUCAGCUCUUAUCCAGUAACAAAAAUCGACCAGUCGAAAUAACUUUUCAUCUAUUCUCAUAU